AUGAAGAGAAAGAUAGAUUUGGUUGAAGAAGAAGAUCACGAGAGUGAACAUGAAGAAAGCGAAAGUUUUGGUGAUGAAAGCGAGGAUGAAGAACCAAGAAUAAAAGAAGAACCGAGAAUAAAAGAUGUUUUGAGUCAUCUUUCCCGAGCAGUGCCGGAAAAGCGUGCUUCUGAUUUGCUGCAUAGUAUGGCUGCGUCCAAAGAUAUUCUUUUCUGGACCCCCAGCGGACAAUUACUUCGAAAUAAACGCACUAUUCCCCGUCACAAACAUCGCUGAGCUAGUUGAGUAUGUGUUACUCCCUCAUAACAAUGAGGUUACCAAGCCUCGUGCGCUGAAUACAUUUCUAGAUGGACUGGCAGAGUUAGGAAUCGAUAAAGGUUUAAUCAAGAACAAAAAGUUGUUAAGUGAUUUAAUAGAAAAGGAAAAAGGCUACCAAAAUGUAGAAAAUACUUCCGAUAACGAGAGUAAUAAUGAGGAGAGUUCAUCGGAUAUUGAAAAUCAGGAGGAGGAGGAGGAAGUGGCUUCUGAGAAUGGCAUUGAA